AUGCAGCCAGCCAGCCUAAGAGCUGGACUAUAUAGGAUUAAAAACCAUACUACUGCUAGAAGAUUAUCUUGGCCAACUCGGUUUGCCUCGACAUCAACCGAAACACCAGUCGUUGUUGCCAAACCAGUCAACUCGGGUAUUGGCACCGCUGUCAAGGCUUCCGCUCUCGUACUUGGCACUGGUUUAUUUGUCGCCUACUACUAUGACUCCCGUUCGGCUAUCCAUCGUUGGGUCGUGCCUCCGCUCAUGAGGGCGACCUUGGACCCCGAGGCCGCCCAUCGUCUAGCUUUGCGCGUUCUAGGAACUCGAUUUACACCGACGGAUCAUGGAGUAGAGGACGAAGCAUUAAAUUGCAAGUUAUGGGACAUCGAAAUGCCUAGCCCCGUGGGCCUCGCAGCUGGAUUCGACAAGGAUGGAGAAGCUAUCGAUGGCUUGUUCAGAUUGGGCUUUGAUUGGGUCGAGAUUGGGAGCGUGACACCCAAGCCACAGGGCGGUAAUCCCAAACCAAGAGUUUUUACCCUUCCAGAAGACGAUGCCAUGAUUAAUCGUUACGGGUUUCCGUCGCGCGGACAUGAUUUAAUGCUCGCUCGUCUACGCACCCGGUCGAGGGACUCGAUCGAUUCACAAAAUACCCCCGCUUCUGGACCUCGACAAGUCUUGGCGGUGAAUUUGGGAAAGAACAAAUCCUCCCCACCCGACUCGAUUGCAGAUUAUCUUGCUGGCGUCAGGAAGUUUGGAGCUCAGCCCGAUGUAUCCGUCUUGGUUAUCAAUGUCUCCAGUCCCAACACUCCUGGCUUACGUGGACUGCAAAACCGAGGGAUGUUAGAGGAGUUACUGGACGGUGUCUGCAAGGAACGUGAUGCACUCCCACGGUCGACCCUACCCAAGAUCGUGUUGAAGAUCGCACCCGAUCUGGACGAACUUGCGAUUCAGGACGUAGCUGAAGCCGUUCGCGAGAGUGGAGUGGACGGUGUUAUUGUGAGUAAUACUACGAUACAAAGGCCAAACUUAAAAUCAGGGUCGGCGCAGGAGAUCGGCGGAUUAUCUGGUCCCCCACUCUUACCUCUAUCUCUCAAGGUCCUCAAAGUACUUCGCGCGCAUUUACCUGCUGGUAUACCAAUAAUCGGAUGCGGCGGUAUAUCCAGUGGUGCCGACGCCUUGGAGUUCGCGCAGGCUGGGGCUAGCAGUAUUCAGUUAUACACUGCAUUCGGAUAUUCCGGGGUCGGAACAGCACGCAGAAUUAAAGACGAAUUAUCGGAUGAACUUAAGCGACUGAACACCACUUGGGAACAGGUUGUCGAUGGGGCUAUCAAGAGUCAAGCAUGGGUCAAACCAGAGGGACAAAAGGCACUGGACGAGGGAGAGCAAGAACUAAGAGACAUGCUAGAUGUCCUUGGGAAACAGCUGGCAGCAACAGAUGAUUCGGGGACGGAUACGUUGGAAUUGAAAGAUAACACGCGGCCGAAAGAACUGCAGUUUGACGACGAAACCAGGCGGAUCGCACAACUGGCCGAAGCAGCGCUGACCUCGCAACCUCGUGGGGACGGUGAGAGCGCCGAACGCCUCCCACAUGCACAACAGCCGACGCAUGGCAUCGAAGGCUCAGAACCGUCGAAUCAACCUCGUUUAGAUAAAGGGGCACUAGAAAGGCGUCGUUCGGCCAAACGAAGAAGUCAAGCGCAAUGGCGCAAGCGGAAGUACAAGUCUCACAACCCCAGAUUCUUCGGCAUGUUGGGAACUGCCAAGGUUGAUGUUGGUACUCGUUCUGCGGCAAGCCUGACCUUUCCACCUGUCUACUUCUUCUCCAACUGCUCAACUUCCAAACCGAUGCUACAUGCGUAUAGCACGGCCGAGCGCAAUACUGUUGGCCAGACGAAUGUGUAUAAAAGUACGGAACGACAGCGUCGAGUUUCUCCAGCAUCAGUCGCUUUAGCUACAGUUGCAACCUACUCGGUCCAAUCGGUCUUUCUCUACUCGUUCACUAUGCGCGCUACUUUCGUCUCUGUCGCUCUCCUCGCAGCCGUCCUCCCGGCUCUCGCUGCCCCUACCAACAACGUUCCCAUCAGCAAGUACGCUGGUCCGGUCAAGUCCAACUCUUACAUCAUCAAACUCAAGGAUGGUGUCUCCAAGGACGCUCACGUCAACAAACUCGUCGCUGCCUUCAGCAACGGUGGCAAGGUCCAGUACAAGUACGGUGAUGUCUUCCACGGAUAUGCUGCUAGCAUCUCCGGCAAGGACCUCGACUUCAUCCGCCAGUCGAGCGAUGUCGAGUACAUUGUUGAGGAUGGUAUCAUGACCAUCGAUUACGAGCAAGGUGACGAGACCGCGGCGGUCGUUGCACGUGAGGCUCCCGCUGUGGAAGGCCUCGACAAGCGUGCCAACGGUGCUGGCGUCGACGUCUACGGAAUUGACACUGGUAUCUACACUGCUCACUCGAGCUUCGGCGGACGUGCUCGCUGGGGUGCUACCUUCGGUGGCUACGCCAACCAGGACGGCAACGGCCACGGAACCCACACCGCCGGAACUGCCGUCGGUGCCAGCUAUGGUGUCGCUACCUCGGCCAACAUCAUCGCCGUCAAGGUUUUGUCUGACGCUGGCUCUGGCACCAACUCUGAUGUCAUUGCCGGAAUCAACUGGGCCGCCACUCAGGCUCGCUCCAGCGGCCGUCCUUCGGUCGCCAACCUGUCUCUUGGUGGUGGUGCUAACACUGCUGUGGACUCAGCUGUCAGCAACGCCGUUGCUGGUGGUCUCCACUUUGCCAUCGCUGCUGGAAACAGCAACGUCGAUGCUGGCAGCACCUCUCCUGCUCGUGUUGCCGCUGCCAACACUGUCGGUGCUGUUGACUCGAGCAACCGCAAGGCGUCGUUCUCCAACUACGGUUCCGUUCUUGACGUCUGGGCUCUCGGUGUCAACGUCUUGAGCGCCUGGAUCGGUGGAACUACCCGCACUAACACUAUCUCUGGUACCUCUAUGGCUUCUCCCCGUGUUGCUGGCUAUAUCGCCGUCCACAUCGGAAACAGUGGUGGAACCCCCUCUGCGGUCUCCUCGGCCCUCAAGUCCAGCGCUCGCGCCGUUGUCACUGGUGCUCCUUCUGGCACCACAAACCUCUUGGCCCAGCCCUUCUAA